GGUCUUUGUGACGCUGCGGUGGCGGCGGCCGCGGACACAAAGGGAAGGCGAGGAGGCGAGCGCGGGGCUGGGCCCGCCCCCGGCCCCGCCCCCGCGACCCCCGCCGGCCGCACGCGCGCGCCCGCUCCCCCGGCCUCGGUCUCCCCCUCCGCGGGCUCGCACCCCCGAUCGCGCACCCCCGAUCCUCGCGUGCGCCCCGGCCUCCGGCUGUCCAGGUGGCUGCGGCGGGACCGGGAUGCCGAGGGGCCGCCCGCGGGCUCCCGGGCGCGGCUGCUAGGAGGCGCCGAGGCGGCGGCGGCGGCGGCGGCGGCGGGGCUCCCGGCGGCGGCUGGAUGCCCCGGGCCUGCGGCUCCCUGCGCUUCCCUUCCGCCGUCCAGGGGCGCCAGCCAUGGGCGCCGCGGCCGCCGAGGCGCCGCUCCGGCUGCCCGCCGCGCCCCCGCUCGCCUUCUGCUGCUGCUACACGUCGGUGCUGCUGCUCUUCGCCUUCUCGCUGCCCGGCAGCCGCGCGUCCAACCAGCCCGCCGGGGGCGGCGGCAGCGGCGGCGGGGAGUGUCCCGGCGGCAAAGGCAAGAGCAUCAACUGCUCAGAACUGAAUGUGAGGGAGUCUGACGGAAGAGUUUGUGAUGAAUCAUCAUGUAAAUAUGGAGGCGUCUGCAAAGAAGAUGGAGAUGGUUUGAAGUGUGCGUGUCAAUUUCAGUGCCAUACAAAUUACAUUCCCGUCUGUGCAUCAAACGGGGACACGUAUCAAAAUGAAUGCUUUCUCAGAAGAGCUGCUUGUAAGCACCAGAAAGAGAUCACCGUGGUAGCAAGGGGACCAUGCUACUCUGAUAAUGGCUCUGGGUCUGGAGAAGGAGAAGAGGAAGGUUCCGGGGCCGAAGCUCACAGGAAACACUCCAAGUGUGGACCUUGCAAAUAUAAGGCUGAGUGUGAUGAAGAUGCAGAAAACGUUGGGUGUGUAUGUAAUAUAGACUGCAGUGGAUACAGUUUUAACCCCGUGUGUGCUUCUGAUGGGAGUUCCUAUAACAAUCCUUGUUUUGUUCGAGAAGCAUCUUGUAUAAAGCAAGAACAAAUUGACAUAAGGCAUCUUGGUCAUUGCACAGACACAGACGACACUAGUGUGUUGGGAAAGAAAGACGAUGGACUACCCUAUCGACCAGAUGUGAAAGAUGCUAGUGAUCAAAGAGAGGAUGUUUAUAUUGGAAACCACAUGCCUUGCCCUGAAAACCUCAAUGGUUACUGCAUCCAUGGAAAGUGCGAAUUCAUCUAUGCUACUCAGAAGGCUUCUUGUAGAUGCGAAUCUGGUUACACUGGACAGCACUGUGAAAAGACGGACUUUAGUAUUCUCUACGUAGUGCCAAGCAGGCAAAAGCUCACUCACGUUCUCAUCGCAGCCAUUAUCGGAGCUGUGCAGAUUGCCAUUAUAGUAGCUAUUGUCAUGUGCAUAACAAGAAAAUGCCCUAAAAACAAUAGAGGACGACGACAGAAGCAAAACCUAGGUCAUUUUACUUCAGAUACGUCAUCCAGGAUGGUUUAAAAUGAUGGCUUUUAUAUGUACACUGACCAUGUGAUGUACAUUUAUUAUGUCUUUUUUUAAAGAAUGGAAAUAUUUAUUUCAGAGGCCUUAUUUUUGGACAUUUUUAGUGUAGUACAGUUGGCUCGUAUUUAGAAUAUUCAGCUACAACAGUUUUGGACUGUUUAGUAGUCUUUGUUUUAUGUUUUUAAAUACAGAAAUUGAUUUCAUAAAUUUGUACCACAUGGUAAUUCUAAGACUUGUUCUUUACCCAUGGGAUGUAAUAUUUUUGCAAAGGUGGACCACUUCACAAAUGGUUGUAAAGUCAUACCCACUCCUUCCACAAUGACCACAGCAAAUGACUAAGCAUGAGCUAAAGGUAAAGAUGUUUACAGAUUACUUUUCUUACAAAACAAAUUUUAGAAGACACUGUGUUUAAAUAGGCAUUUACAUGUUUGGGGAUUUAGUAACAAUUUUUUCUAGACACUGCCUAUCGCAUGAACUGUAAAAGCCGUGUGUGUUUAGGUGUAAAAUAUUUAUAAGAUGUAUGGACUGGAAUUUGAUGAUUCCUUUCUUUGAAAAAAUAAUUCUGGUAACUCAAAAAACUAUCUGGGAGCAGUGAUGGGACAGAUCACUGGGAAGUAGAUGUAGACAUUGUGAAAACAGUCUGUUUAACAAACAGACUGGAAUAAAGCCUACCCUCUCAGUUAAAUGACUUUAAAUACACAUUAACUUUUAAAGAAAAACAUUUGCUUUAAUAUAAAUAAUUGUAUCAGUGUUUGUGAAUAAAAUGCAAAAAAUGAUUAAUCAUUGGUGCUCUUCAAGUGAGCUUAAAAAUUACCUAAGACCUCUAUCCAAAUUUGUCCCGUAAUAAUAGCUAUAAUAAUAUAGAUUGUUGGUGUUUCAAGAUCUGAAGUGUGAGUAGAAUGUAUUCAGCUGUUUAAUGUGUAGUUUUAGAAAUUCAGAAAUAUGCAUGUAGAAUUUAAGAUGUUCAAAAUGGAAUAUUAAUUUUAAUAUUUGAUUUGGAAAAGCAUGUCAUAAUAUAGUGUUUUCACUAUA